UUCCUUCCUUCCUUCCUCUUCCCCCCAAAAAUCAAGCCAAGGAGGCGGCAGCUUGUCCACCCCCUUCUCUCCCCUCCCCCCAGCUUCCGGUUCUGCUGCCAUAUUCCUUUUUAUUUUAAAGGCAGGGGAGGAAAAACCGCUGGGAAAGGGAAAUAAAGCAGAGCAAGCGAAGGGAGGCAAGGAAGAGCUGCGUCCUGCUCGCCUUCUCCUCUCCCUUUGGAUGCUCUUCGGGUCGGAGGAGGCGCUCCAAGGCUUCCUCAUUCCGGAGGAAGAAGGAGAAGGAGAAAGGAGACGCCGGGGUUUCUGGAAGCCGCAGCGAAGGGACUGCUGCUGACAUCACUUUCUCGCAAGCCGUCCAAGUUCUGAUCCCUUUCGAGGCUGAAGUCUCCAGCGAAGGAAAGAAAGGAGAAGAAAGAGAAGGAGAGGAGGAAGGAAGGAAAGACCCAGGCGCGCCUCCCGUCCUAGCAAACCUCCUCCUGAAUGAAUCCGCGGCGCUUCCUCGCUGGGCCGCCUUCGUCUCCCUCUCCUCCUGGGUUGCCUCUGUUUACUUCCAACUGAGCCCUUUCUCCUUCCUUCCUUUGGGUUUGGGAAGAGGGAGAAGCACACCAAGGAAGGAAGGAAGCCAAGCAGACGUCGCCUAUCAGCUGAGACCGAAAAGCCGGCGGAGGAAAGAGGAAGGAAGGGCUAGUUUCACCAUCAGACAAAGUGAAGCAAUUGCCAUAGGCAGCAAACUCCAAGGGGCAGCAAAGGUUCCAGAAGAGCUGCUCUGGAUUGGUCAUCUGCCCUCCUGUUGUCUAUAGGGACACUGUCAUCUGACAGAGCUAUCUUGGGCCAUGGGGAGCAGUAAGAGCAAACCCAAAGAUCCCAGUCAACGGAGACGCAGCCUCGAAUCCACGGAAAAUAUCCAUGGCGGUUGCUCUGCCUCUCAAACACCCAACAAGACCACAGUCCCAGAUGCUCAUCGGACCCCCAGUCGUUUAUUUGGAAGCACAACACCAGAACCAAAACUCUUUGGAGGAUCAAAUACAUCUGAUACAGUCACCUCUCCUCAGCGUUGUGGGGCUCUAGCUGGAGGAGUCACUACAUUUGUGGCCCUCUAUGAUUAUGAAUCACGGACAGAAUCGGAUCUUUCUUUUAAGAAAGGGGAACGUCUCCAAAUCCUCAACAAUACGAGAAAGGUGGAUGUCAGCAGCCAGCUCUGGUUCAGAUACAAAGGGCUCCAAAGGGAAGGAGAUUGGUGGCUGGCUCACUCUCUCACAACUGGUCAGAAAGGCUAUAUCCCCAGUAACUAUGUCGCACCCUCAGACUCCAUCCAGGCUGAAGAGUGGUAUUUUGGCAAGAUAACCCGCCGAGAGUCUGAACGGCUACUACUCAAUCCUGAAAAUCCUCGAGGAACGUUCCUGGCAAGAGAGAGUGAGACAACAAAAGGUGCCUACUGCCUCUCUGUCUCAGAUUUUGACAAUGCCAAAGGACUCAACGUGAAGCACUACAAGAUCCGCAAACUGGACAAUGGUGGCUUCUAUAUCACCUCUCGCACCCAAUUCAGCAGUCUUCAACAGCUGGUAGCAUAUUAUUCCAAACAUGCAGAUGGCUUGUGCCACCGUCUUACCAAUGUCUGCCCAACCAGCAAGCCUCAGACACAAGGCCUUGCCAAGGAUGCCUGGGAAAUCCCCCGGGAAUCCCUAAGAUUAGAAGUGAAGCUUGGACAAGGCUGCUUUGGAGAAGUGUGGAUGGGGACCUGGAAUGGCACCACCAGGGUGGCAAUAAAGACUCUGAAACCUGGGACAAUGUCUCCAGAGGCAUUUCUACAGGAAGCCCAGGUCAUGAAGAAACUGCGCCAUGAGAAGCUGGUGCAGUUGUACGCUGUGGUUUCUGAAGAACCUAUUUACAUUGUGACAGAAUACAUGUGCAAAGGAAGCCUCUUGGAUUUCUUAAAGGGUGAAAUGGGCAAAUAUCUGAGGCUGCCCCAGUUGGUGGACAUGGCUGCUCAGAUUGCAUCUGGCAUGGCGUACGUGGAGAGAAUGAACUAUGUUCACAGAGAUCUUCGAGCUGCCAAUAUCCUUGUCGGGGAGAACUUGGUGUGCAAGGUGGCCGACUUCGGACUGGCUCGCCUGAUUGAGGACAACGAAUACACGGCAAGGCAAGGUGCUAAAUUCCCUAUUAAGUGGACUGCUCCAGAAGCUGCACUCUAUGGCCGGUUCACUAUCAAGUCAGAUGUAUGGUCCUUUGGGAUACUGCUGACCGAACUGGCCACAAAAGGCCGAGUUCCAUAUCCAGGUAUGGUGAACCGUGAAGUGCUAGAUCAAGUGGAACGAGGCUACCGGAUGCCUUGCCCGCCUGAAUGCCCAGAAUCUCUGCAUGAUCUAAUGUGCCAGUGUUGGAGGAAGGAUCCCGAAGAAAGGCCCACCUUUGAGUACCUUCAAGCUUUCUUGGAGGAUUACUUCACGUCAACAGAACCUCAGUAUCAGCCAGGCGAGAACUUAUAGAUCUAGAAACCGAAUCUAUUGUCAAAGACUCAGUGCUGCUUCUACUGCAUAGGUGCUCAAGGGAUAUACUUUGAGACAUACUUGGAACAUCUCUGGAGCACCUGCUGAGGUCUCUUCCUAAUUCUGGUGAUUUGCUCUUCCAUCCGAGAAUAGUUCUGGGCCCAUUACAAAGCAGAUGUGGUGUUCUUGCCUGUUUUGGGUUAAUGAAAGUCUUGAUUUAGCAGAGUGUUACGGUUCUACUUCCUUAAUAUGAACUUGCUAGUGGUUCAGUUGACAGAAUUUCAGAAAAGUCAGGUUAUUCCAGAAGCAAACAGGCUAAGUGAAAACCAAGGGAUGCAGUUUAUGAGGGCCAUCUACCUUUUCAAAAGAUCUGUCCUUCCUCAAAACCACUCCAGACUAGUCAGAAGGAAGAUGAUGAACUUGAUUCUGAUAGCAAUGAUGCGCUUUAUAGUCUGCAUGACUUCAUAGCACUUGUGUCAUCUCUGAGUGGUUGAUGCUAUAGAAUUCUGCCUUUUGGAUUCAGAUGGCUUUUGUCCUUUAUGUAUAAAACCAGCACAAAUUUCUCCUUUCCCUCCUGUAUCAAAUCCCACUGCCUGGAAGUGGACCAACUGCUUCACUCCAAGAAAAAAAUUAGUUCACUAAUAAUCUGGGCACUACAUGUUUCCAUGUUUGUGUGAACCUCUUUUAAUCUGCCACUGAAGAUGUCGCUGUCUCACUGUCCAUGCAAUCUUGUCCCAUUUGUAUGCAGAGCACUUGCAGAUCCUAGCCAUAUAAUAAGCUGAACUAGACACACUGGUCUUGCUUGGAAACUUGCAGAGUUUUGUAUUUGGCUAGUCCUCAGCCUCUGGGGGUGAAGUGCAAAAUGACAAAGACUUCCUGGAGGGGCUGGUUUUGACAU